AUGCACGGCUCGCGGGUCACAGGCAUCGAAGAGUACCCCGGUGGAGGCCACCACGGUCCAGAUGGCGGGGAGAGAGCCACGCGCCCGCGCAACGGCGAGCAGCGUCGCAACCGCAGAACAGAAGAAGAAGAUCUCGAGCUGAGACUCGCGCUCGAGGCAAGCAAGAACGAGGCAGAGGAAGAGAAGAAGCGCCGCGAACGUGGGGCCAGAGUUGAGGACACCGACGAUGACUUGGAAAAGGCCAUCAAGCUGAGCAAGGAGGAGGAGGAGCUGCGCCGGAAGGAACUCGAACAGACCAACGCCGACUUACUUUUCGGCGAAACCACCGCACAGCCAAAUGCCUACCAGCCCACGGGCAACAACCAGGGGUACCAGCAGCAGGGCCAAGUGGACUGGUUCGGUAACCUCAUGGACCAGAACCAGCAGCAGCCUCAGAACACUGGCUUCCUCAACAACGCAUACUCACAGCCCACGGGCAUGCAGCCUCAGCAAACUGGAUUCCAGAAUGGUUUCGGCGGCUACGGUGGCUUCCAGCAGCAGCCCCAAAUGCCACAACCUACCGGCUUUGAUCAGUUCGGCGCUCAGCAGCAACAGCAGCAAUACAUGCAGCCCCAACACACGAUUCAACCUCAGCAAACCUCGUUCAACAACAACCCGUAUGGUCAAUUUGGAGGUGGAGGCUUUGGUGACAUGGGCCAGCAGCAACAGCAACAACCGCAGCAAGAUCAGAAUGCACUCCAGCCUGGCAGUCAUAACCCGUGGGCAAGCAACCAGACUCAAGAGUCGCUCAAGCCGCAGCCCACUGGCUCCAACAAUCCAUUCGCUCAGUCCUUCAACCGACCGCAGCCCACUCAGACCUUCACGCAACCGACGUUGAACUCGUUGAGCGAGCAGAAGACUCAGACCCAGUUCAACAACACCUCGUUUAACCCACCGGUAUCCUUCUCUCCUGCACCGGCAGCGCAACCACAGCAGCAGCAGCAGCAGCAGCAGCCACAGGCGCCGCAAAAAGAGAUGGAUCCGACCGCUGCCAGGCUCAACGCGCUUCUUGCAACAGGCGAAGGUCAGGACACUUUCGGCAACGUUGGAAACAUGCGUAUUCCAGCUCAACACACAGCUCCGGGUACAUUCGUCAACUCGGCUGGUGCAGGCUUGAACCGGGUCAACGCCAACGCUACCGGCAACAACCCGUUCUUGAACUCGCAGUUCACCGGCAUGCCGCAGCAAAACCGCAUGAUGCCCGCGGCGACCGGCCCAGCGAGCAACUUUGGCGCCAACCCUUACGGCAGCGCGAAUCCAUUCGGUGCUCAGCCUCAGCAGCAGCAGCAACCCCGUCAGCCUGGUGCCAACAACCUAAUAGACUUAUAG